AUGACCGUCGUUCUACUUCUGCACGUUCACGUUCGCCACCUCCAGAACCAUCUCGUUCGCGAAGCACUUCACAAGUUCCUGCUAAAAAUGCUGAUGAUGCUGAGAGUAUCGAGAAACGAAGCCGCUCUCGUUCUGCCUCGGUUGGAUCGGAAAAGAAUUGAAAAGAAGAUUGUGAAUAAAAUGAGAAGGAAAAAUAAUGAUUUAUAAUCAACUUC